GCCGGCGCUGAUAACCAGUAAAAGCAGUUGUCAAGAUGCAAGCACUGUUGCGCGUUGCCCGCACCGCGGUUGCCGCGCCGGCAGUGAAGAUGCCUUUCGCAGCUGCGUUCUCGUCGUUUGAAGUUGUAUCCCGUGGCUUUCCUGCACAUCAAGUCCCUUCUCGUCCUCCCAUUCUCUUCCAAGCGGACGACGCCCUGGACGCGGUGCUGGAAAACCUGCGUCUGUCGUCGGAGCCCAUUGUUGGCAUGCAGUUGCUCGGCCGCAACUCGCGCAAACCGAAGAAGGCCAACCACGGCAAGCGCCCUUGCUCGCACGUCCGCCGCCGCUCGAAGCGCCUCAAGUAAACAAGCGUCGCGCAGCCCAUCGAGUGUGUUGUACUUUAGACCUUUUCAACUAGAACCCCGCGGUUUUUGGAUCGCUAUUCCUCGAUGCCUAUAUAAAGCAGAUCACUUUCAUGUC